CACUGACUCCAUGAUGAAAUUUAAAUUUGCAACAAGAAAUCGUGAAGAGAACUGCAACUAAAAAUUAAUAUUUAUCGUGAUAUGUGACUUUCUACUAGUGUCGAGGAGUUAUAAUUAUAAUUCAAGCAAGUUGGAUCAGAUUUAAACUUGUAGACUUGCCAAAGAAAGCACGCCUGGGCGGCGUGGCAAUAAGCCUACAAGAAAAUAUAUAUCUCUAGACCGACAAAUGUGGUUGUUAUUUAUUUAACUGUUAGUAUUAAAGUAUAUCCUGAUACUCGGACCAAAAGAAUUAUUUAUUGAUGAGAUGUGGAGUUGCACUAACGAAAUAACGAGAUUUUUAACAUUUUUUGAUUUGCGAAAUAUCGCUAAAACGCGAACUGUAUCCAGAUAGUUGAUUAUAAAAACCUUAUUAAAAAACUUAAAGCCCAUCAAAAGACUAUGAAAUUUCUUGCAUUGGCCCUUGGCAUUGUUGAAACUCGACAAUCAUGAUAUAUGUCACGGUCUAGCUGUCUGUUGAAAAUCUACGGUAUUAAAAUCAUACAUCAAAGAUAAGACAAACGAAAAUACAUUAUAUGUCUUAUCAAAUAUGAGCACUAUUUACAGUUCACUGUGUUUACCACAUUUAUAAAUUUUGUAAACAGCUUUCGUUUUGACACAAGCUUUAAUUUUUUGCAUUAAUAUAUUCUUAAUAAUACAAGUGAGAUUUAAAUGUUUUGCUUUGUGGAAUAGAAUGCCGUUAUUUUUUAAUGCACAGCUUGUAUCGCCUCUAUCAUAUCAUAGUUAAUAGAGGACAUUACACACUGAAUAUCCCACUGGAAGCAUGUAAUUUGAUACUUUCUCCACACCCCUCGGCCUCGGGCACUAAAUUUGGGACGAGGCACGUGACCAGCCGAUACCAGGGUCUUUCCUAAAGACCCUGGGAACGAGGUUGGCAGCUGAAUAGUUUGAUGAAAACUGCGUCUCCAGGGCCCAGAAUUGGAAGCAUUUUGCUUCCUGAAUCGUAUGUCGGACUUGUCGAAGCCAUGAGCAGAACAACGAUGCGUUGUUUGGUUUGUUUUAGUCAAAAUAUCGUAUUUCUGUAAUACUACGCUCUAGUAAUUUCUGAAUUCGAUGCACCCAGAUUGUCACCUGACGUAUCUUUCCAACAUCUUGAAUCAAUUAGCAAGCAAAGUUUUGAAGUUUGCCUUUCAAACCCUCUCCUCUAUUAACUAUGACACAAGUAAACCAUCUACUUUUAGAACCUUAUAUAAUUUCCAUUUCGACAGACAAAAAUGAAUGCUUAGAAAAUUCUCACGAUUGUGAUAUAAAUGCCAUAUGCACCAAUACGGAAGGAUCCUUUAACUGUUCUUGCAAGAAUGGAUAUAGAGGAAAUGGUACAUCAUGUAAAGGUGAGUGAUCUACUGUAUAUUGUUGUCCUUCGUUUCUUGCUUUUUCAUUUGUUUCAACAUAUUUUGAUCCAUUUCGCAGUUCCCUGCUUUUGACCCUGUAUUUUUUCAAUUUUUUCUGCCUUUUUUGCCUACUAAUUACUGUAAAGGUAUGGCAUAAGUGUAAUUUUUACCUAUAGUUUUAGUAAUUUUCAAUUUUCACUCUUGUCGUAUUGUUAUCGUUGUUGACGCAGUUGUUGUUGCUAUGUUUGUGGUUUAUGGUCGUUAACGUUAUCGUCCUCGUCAACGUCGAUGGUGUAGGAAUCUUUUCUAAAUUGUAUUAUAUUAGUGUAUGAGUUCAAAAUUCGUAUUUAACUAAUUAAUAUUAAAUCCUGUCCUAAAUACCUCAUAUUUAUUCUUUUCUAUUUCGACAGAUAUAAAUGAAUGUUUGGAAAAUACACACGAUUGUGAUAAGAAUACCACUUGUACCAAUACGGAAGGAUCCUUUAACUGUUCUUGCAAAAAUGGAUACAGAGGAAAUGGUACAUUAUGUAAAGGUGAGUGUCUAAUUUUAUUUUUCCCAGACUUUUUCCUCUUGUGGACGAGAAACGCUGCCAGAGGGGUGGUCACAUGUCCCAUAAAAAAAUUGCCUAAGGGGGUGACGCAUCAUAUUACAUGCUCCCACUUACCCACUUUACACUUCGAUUGCAAGCAUGAGUGUUCUGCACAAGUAAACGAUCAACUUUUAGAACCUUAUAUACUCUCAAUUUCGACAGACAAAAAUGAAUGCUUAGAAAAUUCUCACGAUUGUGAUAUAAAUGCCAUAUGCACCAAUACGGAAGGAUAUUUUAACUGUUCUUGCAAGAAUGGAUACAGAGGAAAUGGUACAUCAUGUAAAG